UUCACAUCAACCAAACAACCAAACAACCAAUAAGGGAAGAAAAAUCAAAAAUCCUCUUUCUCUCUCCAAACAAGCCCCUUUCUCUGUCGGUAGCUGUCAUCAACCUUCACCACUUCCCAGCAACACUACGCCACAAACACACCCACCACCAUUUACCAUUUUUUUACAUUCAGGCAAGCUUAAUAACUUGUUCAUCAAUGGCGGAAAACCAUGGAACUUCAGUGGAGGUUUUCCAGAAACAAGAAAAAAAUGGCAUGAUUAAGAGAAAGAGACUCGAUGCGCGUGCUUUUCGAAAAUUGCAUGCUAAAGUCAGAACUAAUAUAGUGGUCAGUGCAUCUACACCUGAGAGCAGAGAUGUGAAGAUGCAGGACUGUGAUGAUAAUCUUGAAGCGAGUUGUAAGAAGCAAAAAAUCGAUUCUGAAGUAAAUGUACAAUUGGGUGAUGAAGAAGCUACACUGGAAAAAUGUGAUACCCGUGUUCCUCAAGGCUAUGAACAGACUGACUCGUCAAAAAAUAUCCCGUUGCAUGAGGUACUUGCUGCCAAAGAAAAAUCAGAAGAGCGACCUGACUGCAACACAAGAUUGCCAAGAUACAUCGAAUAUUGGGUGCCUGUUGGUUUUUCAUAUGUACAGCUUGAGAAGUACUGCGAGACAUUGUUUAAAAAUUCAAUGUUGCUUUGCUCAAGUUUAAAGAAUGAAAUACUUGAUAAUCUCCAUGAUAUCCUUACUAGGAUCAGGAAGUGUUGUGACCACCCAUACCUACUGGAUCCGUCUUUGCAAACUUUUGUCAAUGGUGGGCUCAAAAUUGGUGAUUAUCUGAGUAAUGGAAUAGAAGUCAGUGGGAAGUUUUUCUUACUUGAUAAAUUGCUUCAAGAGGUUAAGGAAAAACAACUAAGAGUGCUAAUUGUCUUUCAGUGGAAUGAUUCAAAACCACCAGCGAUAAAACUUCAGCACAUUCUUGAUGACUUAAUAUGUGAAAAAGUUGGUACAGAGUGUUACAUACACAUAUAUCGAGAAUUCGAUUCAACAAAAAAGCGGGAUGCAGUUGAUCUCUUUAAUGACAAAGACAGUGGGAAGUUAGUGAUGUUAAUGGAGAAAAGUUCUUGCCAACCAAGCAUCAAACUCUCCUCAUUGGACUGUGUCAUCCUGUUUAAUAGUGAUUGGAAUCCAAUUAAUGACAUGAAGUCCUUGAGAAAGAUGUCAAUCCAAUCCAAGUUUGAGCAUUUGAAAGUAUUUCGUUUGUAUUCACCAAAUACUGUGGAAGAGAAGGCUCUAACUUUGGCAAAGGAAGGUAUUGCUCUUGAGAGCAACUUGAAUUGUUUUACCCACAGUAUCAGUCAUAUGCUGCUUCUCUGGGGUAGCUCCUAUUUGUUCAGUAAACUUGAUGAAUUCCAUAGCCAUUGUUCAUCAAUUUCCAAUUUAAACUGUUUGUCAGAAAAUAAAUGGGUACUUGAUGUCCACAAUGAGUUGUCAACACUGUUAUCUUGUCAAGACAGGGAUGACAUUAGCUGCUCAUUCAUUUCUAAAGUUCCUGAGGCAAAUAACGAUUAUUCUCAGAAUAUAGCUUUACAUGGUGAACAAGAUGAACCAGCUAGAGCUGAUGAUUUACCACCAUUUGUUAUAUGGAAUAGCCUAUUUGAAGGAAGGAAUCCUCCGUGGAAACUUUUACCUGGAUCCUUGGAGAAGGUGAGAAGAAGAAGUGAACUCUUAGCUAGCCCAACUCAAUGCAUGGAAUGUAAAGUUGAAGACACAAAGAUGACAAGCAAAAAGACUUCACGCUCUGAUGAUGGAUUUCCUUGUCUGAAACCGAGGAUGCGAAAAGUAUCCAGACCAGCUCUAGGCAGAAGCGAUAAAGAAGUUGCUGGUCAUCUGAAAUUUCCUGGUAAUGCUGUUAAAUUAUCCUCUUGCAGAGAUGACUACAGUGGCCUAAGUAACAUAGAGUGUCAUAUAGAGGAAACCUGCCUGCGAAGGAUGAGAGAACUUAUACUGAAACAAAAAAAAGAAAUUCGUGAAUUUUAUAGGACUAAGAGGGAGGAUAGGGCAAAGUUGGAAGAAGAGCAUCAGUUGGAAGUGGAUCUUGUUAAUCAAAGAUAUAGAGAGACUGCACAUAAAAAAGAGCAGCUCAAGAAUUUGGAUCUCAUAUAUGAACAGAAACUUCAAGAACACAAUUGUCAGAUGGACAAAAAGAGGAAGGAGCUGGAAGACGAGCAUUUAGCAUCAAGGAUAAAAGAAAAAAAAAUGAAAGAUAAGUUGUUUGCUUUGUUGAAGACAAAGAAUAUGGGGUUGUCAACCAUAUCAGCAGUCAAGUUGUCCUUGUUGGAGACUGUAUUGGGACAGGAAAAUGUGGUUGAAGAUCCUAUUGAUUCCACAAUCUUGCUGCCAAACACUGCACUUGUCUCAGAAAACAAGCAUUCCCAAGAAAUUGAGCAUUCUCCUGAUCAUGUGCUGACAGAAACAGAAAUCUUAUCUUUCGAGUCUGAUGAAGAAAAUAAUGCUGUAUCAAUGCCCAGAGAAGAAAAAUGUGAUACUGCAGUACAUAAUGAUCUUAUUGCUUUUGCAAAUAGAGCUUCCACUUCCACUUCCACUUCCACAUCCCUUUGUGAAAGUCCAUCUCAUGCUACACUGCAUGCAUCGAACAGAGAAAUUGAGGGAGAUGGCUCCACAAACAUGGAAUCGUCUAAAGAAAUAAUGGAUGGUAUGACACCUAUGUGCCUAGUGAGUGGAUCUUUGGAAUCAGAUGGCGAGAAUGAUAUCGCAGUCGAGCCUUCUGAAAAAGCACUUGACACUUGCAUUGAGGUGCUCAAUUGUGGUUCUAAUCUGUACACUUCAAAUGAACCUCAACUUCAUGCAUCAUCUGGGCAGAGUUGUGCAGAAUCCUUGUCAAAUUUGCCAAACACAGAAGUGCCUGUUGCAUCUAAUGGAGAAGCUGAGAUGAGUGGGGCUGCAGAAUCGGCUACUAUUACUACCAUGGCUGCGCAGCUGGAGAUAGAAUGGGUGCAGGAUAAGAACCAUAAUAUCGAAGACGCAGUGAGGACAUCUAACGGAGAAGAUGAUAUGCGAGGUGAUGUAGACUCUAUUACUACUACUGCUGUGGCUGUGCCGGAGAAGAUAGAACGGGUGCAGGAUGGGAAGCGUGAUAUUGAAACUCCCGUUGGGACAUCUAAUGAGAACUCUGAGAUGGGAGGUGCUGCAGACUCAGGUACUACAGCUUCCGGAAAGCAGAGGAUGGAAGAUGGGCUGGAUGGUGACUGUAACAUCAGAUCCCCCGUCAGGGCAGUUAAUGUAGAGGUGGAAAUGAGAGGUGCUUUGGAUUCAGGUAGUACUGCCAGUCUAGCAGUUGCUGAACAGCAGAGGAUAGAAGAGGUGCAAGAUGGAAACUCUAACAUGGAAGCCCCCAUAGCUUUCAAUGGAGAGGCUGAGACGAGAGGUGCUGCAGACUUGGAUACUACUACCACUCUGGUUGGGGAGCAGAGGAUCGAAAAGUUAUCAGAGUUUCCUUCAUCCACAUUAGUUGUUGGUAGCCAAGUCUUGGUGCAAGCACAAACAUGCAGAGUGACUGGAAAUUUAUCUCAUCUAGAACAGCCUAUGGUUUCUGUGAAUCUUCCAUCUCAUGAGAUCAGGCAAACUGCUGGAGCUUCAGCUAUGUCAAGCUAUCAAACUACUAGACUCCAUGUCCCUUCUCAGCCAGGUCAGACUCAAGUUCCUUCAAGGAAUACGGGGUUGAGUCAUCAGCUUGUGGUGCAAUCACAAUUGCAGAGGUCUUCUGGCUCGGACCAGCCACAUAUUUCAAAUUCUGGUGGCGCUGCCAUCAUGCAGUCAGCCAAUAGUUAUGUCCAAGAAACCUCGUCUUUGAGAAGUAAUCUGCUUUCAUCUGCUGCCUCUUGUCUUCUCCAGAAUGAGUUGGACAGAAUGGUAAAGGAGAGGCAAGAAGCUGUUAAGAUUCAUGAGGACAAGACUACACAACUGAAAUCUGCCUGUGAAAAGGAGAUUCAGGAUAUCCAACAUAAGUAUGAUAUGUUGCUCAAGGAAGCUGGGAAUGCAUUGCUGCACAAGAAAUUGGAGAUGGAAUCACUUUACAGAAAAGUUUAUGCCAACAAGUUGUUGGCUGAUACUCUAAAAUCCAGCAAUGAAAAGUUAACAUCAUGUCCAAUGUCACAAGAAGCUCUAUUGAGUGCAAUACUCCAGUUGCCUCAGUUCAACUUGCAUGUGCAAAGUACUUCCACUGUGAGUGCUGAACCCAUGCCACCACCUGUUCAGGUCGUUCACCAGUUAUCUGAACUCGUAACUUUUGAUGCAACCACACCGCCGAACAGCUCCACAGUAUAUAACACAGGAAGUCCUCUUGCUGGUUACCAUGAAAGGUUUUCCAAUAUCUCGGUGCCAUUAUAUGGGGUAAUGAAUCAGCAAAUUGCUGCCUGGCCUCGUACAUCACUGUCCAGUUGGCAUCAAGAACAAUAUUCACCAGGAUCUUCACUUCAGUUUGGCAACACGCGACAAAAUCCUCUUCAGCUGUAGCAUUCUAAUAUGAGCUUUUUGGAAGAGGUUCUUCUCACAGUAUAGUAGUUGCAGUUAACUUAAAUAAAUCCAUAAUAUUAAUAGGCGAAAAGGGUUUGUUUCUUUUUGUAAGAUCUUGUGUAGCAGGCGUACAGCGUACUGAAGAUAUAUAGGUACUGACAUACUUUUGUAAAUGCCUUGCCGUAUAUCCUCCUGGGAAACUCUGACGAGCUUUCCAAUUUUGUAUAGAUUAUCAUGCGCCGAGAUAGUAAAUUUUAGUAAAAAGCAUUCACAACUUA